AUGGUCGCGGGGGUGGCUGGCACCCUUCUGUGCCCUGAGAUGGACGUGGCUUCUCCCCCACACCCCUCUGAGCUCGCUGUCAGGGUGGCCAGAGGGGAGGCCCCCUGCACAGGCCUGGGCACCCCCACCCUGACGCCGAGUCCCUUCCAGGUGCCUCCUAAGCCUGCGAUCUGGGCAAUCCUGCUGGCUCUGCUGGGAAUGGCGCCAGGCCAGUCCGGGCUCCGCACCUGCAGCGUCCCUGAUGUGCUCCGCCACUAUCGCGCCGUCAUCUUUGAGGACCUGCAGGCAGCUGUGAGGCAGGCUGGGCCAGGGGCAGAGUGGCCUGGGCCAGGGGCAGAGUGGCCGGGGCCAGGCUCCCCACGCCUCCGUUUCAUUCACAAAAACCUGACUGGAGCUGCGGGCCCUGCAUGGCGGGGGCUGGGGGGAGCUGUCUGCAGUGCCCAGAAGGAGCACGGUAUCCUACUGUCUAUCGCGUCCCUGGGUCGGACCCUGCGCAGGGUGGUGGCCCGGGGCCGCCGCGGGGCCCUGGAGAAGGCAGCGUGGACCGUCGCCUUGCGCACCGAGGCGGUGAUGCGGCGCCACUGCGGGAUGCUGAGCCAGCGGAGCCGGCGGCCCAAGACGCGCCCUCCCCGGAGUCGCAGCGGCCGGAGGCGGCUCCUCGUGCGCGCCCUGGACGCCGUCGCCACCUGCUGGGAGAAACUCUUCGCGCUGCGGGCGGCGGCCCCCGGGGGUCCCUAGCGCGCGUCCUGCGCGGGCCCAGGAGCAGCCGGCGGGGCCGCGGGGCCUGGGCUCGAGCUUCUUUUGGGGCCGAGCGCGGUCCCUCCCUCUGGUUGGCCCCGCGCGGGGUCCCGGCCCCUCCCGCGCCGCGGCCCGCGCU